AUGCUCCGCCUGGGCCCCGCGCUCCUGGCCCGCCUGGCCCGCGCCCCGCUCCGCGCCCCGCUGCGGCCGUGCGGAGCGGCGGCGGCGGGCCAUGGCGACGAGCAGGAGCAGGAGCGCUUCGUCUUCCUCGAGUACGAGCCGGACGCGGCCGAGAGAGCGGCGGCGGCAGCGCUGCGCCGGGAGCGGGAGCUGAAGGUGAAGCCGAAGCCGCGGCGGGAGCGGGGCGCGGCGGCGGCAGCGCCGAGCCUGUCCGACCCGUCGGUGCCGCCGAGCGGCGUGAGCUGCUCGGGCUGCGGGGCCGAGCUGCAGUGCGGGGACGGCGGCGCGCCGGGCUUCGUGCCGGCCGAGCGGUACCGCAGCCUGGUGUCCGAGGGCCCCGCGGGGCUGCGCGGCGCCGUGUGCCAGCGGUGCUGGGCGCUGGCGCACCACGGCAGCGCGCUGCGGCUGCGGCUGCCGCCCGAGCAGCACCGGCGCGUGGUGAGCGCGGCCCUGCGCCGCCCGCCCCGCCACGGCCGCGGGCCGCUGCUGCUCUACGUGCUCGACGUGAUGGAGCUGCCCGACCCCGUGCUGCCGCAGCUGCCCGCGCUGCUGGGCCCCGACGUGCCCGCCGCCGGCGUGCUGGUGGUGGGCAACAAGGUGGACCUGCUGCCCGCGGACCGCCGCGGGCACCUGGGGCGGCUGCGGCAGCGGGUGGCGGCCGCCUGCGCCCGGGCCGGGCUGCGGGGAGCCGCGCUGGUGGACAUCCGCCUGGUCAGCGCCAAGACCGGCUACGGCGUGGAGGGGCUGGUCAGCCGGCUGCAGCGCUCCUGGAAGUGCGCCGGAGAUGUCUACCUGCUGGGCGCCACCAACUCCGGCAAGUCCACGCUCUUCAACACCCUGCUGCGCUCCGACUACUGCAAGUCCCGCGCCCCCGACAUCAUCGACAGGGCCACCGUGUCCCCCUGGCCAGGAACAACACUGAACCUGUUGAAAUUUCCAAUUAUUAACCCUACGUGUGACAGGAUAUUCCGAAGGCAGGAGAGGCUAAAAGAAGAGGCAACAAAAACAGAAGAUCAGCUAAGCAAUGAAGAAAAAAAGUACCUUAAUCAACUUAAAAAGCAGGGUUACCUAGUGGGAAGAGUUGGAAGAACAUUUCAACAGCAGAAGGCUAGUGCUGAGAUUGACUUCGACCCUGACACACUCUCUUACAGCAUGGAUGAAGAUCCUACAGAUGCCCCUAAGAAGCCUGAGGAAAGGGAGGAGUUCACUCACAACGAAGUGAAGGAUGCUCGGUGGUGUUUUGACACUCCAGGAAUUGUAAAGGAAGACUGUGUUUUGAAUCUCCUAACAGAGAAGGAAGUAAAGCUGGUUUUGCCAUCACAUGCUAUUGUUCCACGGACCUUCAUUCUCAAGCCAGGAAUGGUGUUGUUUUUAGCAGCCUUGGGACGUAUAGACUACUUAGAGGGAGAAAAGCCUGCCUGGUUUUCUGUCUUGGCUUCUAACCUGUUGCCAGUCCAUGUUACUACACUGAGUAAUGCAGACACCCUCUAUGAGAAGCAUGCAGGCCAAGAGUUCCUCAAGGUUCCCAUGGGUGGGGAAGAGAGAAUGAAAGAGUUCCCCCCACUUGUCCCUCAAGACAUUACACUGAAAGGAAUUGGUACCACUGAGGCAGUUGCAGAUAUCAAACUUUCCUCUGCAGGCUGGGUGGCAGUGACAGCUCACGAGGAAGAGGAAUUGCUGCUCCGAGCCUACACUCCCAAGGGCACUGCAUUGGUGGUGAGGGAGCCUCCCCUUCUGCCUUACAUCAGUGCCAUCAGAGGGGCCAGGAUCCCAGGCACUCCUGCCUACAGGACCAAAAAGCCUCCUUCCUUUGUCGAAAAUCUAAGAACCACUGGAAGCAGAUAGCGUUUCUCAUCAUCCGAGCAAGGCAGAAGCCAGAACAGCCCUGGAGAACCUUGUGACUUACUGCUAUUCAGAAAAUGUUGGGACUCAUUUUGAAAGGCCAGCGGGCACGUUUUGGAAAGCAGGGGGAGCUCCACAAGUCCACAUGUGAUCCAGCUGCUGAACUGCAGCCAUUUUGAAUGAACGGAGGGACUGGGACCUUGCUUUGGGAGGAGAAACUGCUUCUCCCUGGGAUCUGUAUCAAUGGGCAGAUCCCUUUACCUGUUCCCUCUUGAAAUAGAGGGUGGAACUCACCUGCCUGACCUGGUCUGAAUUUGCUGCUCACAGAAUAGGUGGUUUCUUGCGGGCAUGUUCCCUGAUGUCAGAAAUGGUUACCUUGUUUUUAAGGUGUUUACAUAGCUAAAUGGGGUGGAGGGAGUAGGAACGAGCAGGGAAUGCUCCAGUGUGGGUAUGACCCUCCUAGUGGCUGAUACUGAUACAACAACAUUGACCAGAAGUGUCCUUUCUCUCCUUCAGCCUCUGGAGCAGAUUAGGUGCUUUUGGACACAGGAAAAGUGAUUUAAUGAAAAGCAGGUCUGCUCAUGUGCUUGAAGAGGAAAGUUUUGCAAUUCACUGCUUUGAUUUGGUUUCUGUAGCUUGGGUACAGGUUUUUGAAACCAAGGGCAUAGAAUAAAACUUCUCAAAGACCA